AUGAGUUUCUAUCGUCUGAACUUAAGGUUUUUACAAUUUUUCUUUACUAGUUUGUGCAUCCAAUAUAUCCAGUAAAAGAUACAUACCUUGCUGCAGGGCAUAAAAAGAUACUCAAAUGUUUAUUCAAGUGUCCACCUACUAAAAGUGCAGUUUGGUCAACUUUUAUUAGGAAUAUGUGACAUUUGCCGGCUUCACCUGUAAGCGAAAGCUAACUCCGGAAUGAAUUAUUUUCGUUUAUAUGUCCGACGCGUUCAAUAUAGAUGGCAUACAUCCAACAUGGCCACUAAAAUCAGAUUUAUUGCAAGUGUUUGUUUGUUUAUUUUUAUAAUAAUAUACGUUUUCCUUUGGUGGAGGAAAGACUUUAAAAAGGAAAGAAUGAAUCUACCAAAUCAAGACGAUAUCAGAGAUGAAAAUCCUGCUGUAACGCGAAAGAGGAUCAAGAGUAUGAUGCUGCAUGCCUGGCACAAUUACGCUCGACUUACUUGGGGCGCCAAUGAGUUACGUCCAAUCUCGGGACGCCCCUAUCUUGGAGGCGAUUUCGGCGCCCAUCGGCUCGGAGCAACAAUCAUAGAAAGUAUGGACACGUUGCACAUAAUGGGGCUUCACAAAGAACUGAAUCGUUCUCGGGAUUGGAUCGAUCAGAAAUUUACUUUGGAUCGAGUGGAUGAUUCGCUGUCGGUUUAUGAAUUAACCUCCAGAUUGCUGGCACCCAUGCUAACACUAUAUUCCCUCACUGGAGAUGAUCUUUACAAGAACAAGGCAAUUUAUAUUGCAAACAAAAUACUGCCAGCCUUCGACACUCCCACUGGAAUCCCCUGGCGUCGAGUGGUGCCCAAAGAAGGUAGUACACUAAAUAGAUACCUGGACAACUGGGCCCUACUUUCCGAGUAUGGAGCACUGCACCUGGAGUUCUUUUAUCUUAGCGAAAUUACUGGUUCAUCUAUUUACAAAGAUCGAGUGGAGGGUAUUCGGAUCACGCUGUCGAAUUUAACAAAAACAAAUGGUCUGUAUCCGAAUUCAAUUGAUAUUAAAACUAGGCAAUGGGGAAGAUCCGAUUUUUCAAUGCAUCGAUAUUACGACUAUCUGCUCAAGUCCUGGAUACAAUCGGCCAGAUGCGAUGCUAAAACCUUGGCAAUGUUUCAAGACGCUAUGCUGGCUGUAGUGCAAAAUAUGGUUGUAAUAACUCCGGAUGAAGUAACAUACGUAUCUGAGGUACAAAGCGGAAACCAUACCCAUCGAAUGACUCAGAUGGCUUGCUUUUCUGGGGCUCUUUUUGUCCAAGGCGCUAUAGAAACUUUAAUGAAAUUCUGGGAAAAAUAUAUGCUGAUUGGAAUUGGCAUUGUAGAAUCCUGCUAUAAAAGUUUUACGGCGACACCCACCCACAUCGGGCCGGAAGUAAUUGGAUUUUCGGAGGAUGCUAAAAAGGAUAUAGUAUCUCAUCAGUUGAACUAUUAUAAUCUAAGACCUGAAGUGGCAGAGAGUUACAUGUUACUUUACCGGCUCACCCGCGAUGACAAGUAUCGAACUUGGGGGCUUGAGUUAGUUGGAGCAUUGGAGAAAUAUUGCCGAGCACCCGGAGGUUACAAUGGCAUUAUGAAUGUCUACGACUCCUCUACGGAAACCGAUGAUGUGCAAAGGAGUUUCUUUCUGGGAGCAACUCUCAAGUAUUUAUAUCUGCUGUUUUCCGGAGAUUAUGUCAUUCCUUUGCAUCAAUGGGUCUUCAACAGCAGGGGGCACUUUUUGCCCAUAAAAGAAAUAAACGAUUUGUACCGUGAAUACAACUUUACGACUAUGAAUAAUAAUAUACCUUAAUUAUAUCUCAAAAAACCUUUAAUUUACCUUUAAUUCAAACGAUUCAUCCCAAACUUAAUUGUAAUUUCAAAAAAUAAAUAUUAAACACUUUUUAUUUAACACCUUGA